GACUGGGGUUCUACGAUUGUAAUGUGUUUUACGGAAUGAUUCAAAUCAGGAGUUCAGAAAGUUGAGAAGUAGUUAAAUUGUGUUCGUAAUACGUCUUGCACGAGAAUCUGUUUGCAAGUUAAACUGACCUUACUUAAAGGGACUGAAAAUAAAAACUUCGAAAAAAAAAAACAAAGCAUCGGAAGUUACUGCAUCAUGUUUUGCAAAGGAGUAGUUGUCAUAUGUUAUAGGCUAGCUAUAUCAAACACCUUCGUGUUUUUCGCCUUGGCUUCGUUUUGACAAAGAGUGAUGUGUUGUCACAUUGGAUAUGGAACUGACUUUCGUGCAAGCAACGAGAUACUUUCAUUUAAAUUCACCAGAACACAACACAUACAUUCAAGGUGCAGUCCGUUCACGACAUUCCGCUGACUUAUAUUCAUAGUUUUAGUUUCCUUGCAAUGCAAUGACAGUUGUCUCUAAAAUAAAAAACAUAUUGCUUAAGGAAUUUAAACUAAAUAAACUUUAAAAAUAUAGACGCGGACGGGUGUUGGGAGGCGGGAACACACUUUGGAAUCCGUCAUCGAGCAGCUGUCGAUACUGAGAUAUACCUGCGAGUGUACCUGUCCGUACCUGUGAUCGGGUGAAAUGUAAAAUCAUGAUUGAAGCUGAGCAAAACAACGCGGAAGUGUUUGCUGUUGUAAUCAACGCUCCCAGCAGUACGCAAGAAGUCGACUGAAGCUCAGUAACUAAACAAAAUGACUGUGUAGUUUCGGGUUCUUCCAAGAAAGUUUACCCAUUGAAUUAUCAUCUCUCCUUUUAAACGUACACAUGGAAUCUGAAAACAACAAACCCGAUAGGGGCAAUCAAAGGAGUCGGGUUAACAUUGAGCUGGUGCCGAUAAGAGAUCCAGACCACGCCACAGAGACAGACCACACUUCUCUGAUUCCAUGUAGUAAAUAUGACUAUGUGUUGGUGGGUAAAGAGUAUGCAGGUGACUCGGAGCACGACAGGAAGCAGAAGGCUUUUAUCAAGGCUCUGGAGAAUAAAGGCUAUCAGACCCAGAAACUCAGGGAGAAGAAUAAAGUGUAUUUUGGCAUACGUGCCCCACAAGAGAUAUUUUCAAAGUAUGCCCACCUCCUGAAGAAUCCUGAUAACUGUUCGGAGGAAGAGAAGGUAUCCACACCCACCAGAAUUCGGAUCGUCAAAUUUAUGCUGGACAACACUUUCAUCGGAAAUGGAGAGAAACUGCAUGCAUUACUGAAGGAGAAAGUCUUUGAAGCUGUGUUUCCUCUGCAUGAGGAGAGGGAACAGAAGAAGCUUAUAAAGAAGUGGGCUCGCUGGACAGCCUGCUUCAAAACACAGCCCAUUAACGAAGUCAGGAUGUAUUUUGGGGAGAAGGUGGCCCUGUAUUUCCUGUGGCUGGGCUGGUACACUUACAUGCUCGUACCAGCGGCUCUCAUCGGGGUCAUAGUGUUCCUCUACGGACUGGCUUUCUUUGAAAGCAACCCACUUAUUAAAGAGGUCUGUGAAGGGAACUCCACUAUAAUGUGCCCGCUGUGUGACAAGUGUCCCAUGUGGCAGCUUUCUGAAACCUGCACCUACGCCAAGGUCACCCAUUUGUUUGACAAUGAGGGCACAGUGUUCUUCUCUAUGUUCAUGGCCUUGUGGGCCACGUGGUUCCUGGAGAUCUGGAAGAGACAUCGCUCUCGGGAGGUCUGCAAGUGGAAGCUGAACAACUGGGACGAGAACGAGGAGGAGCUUGCCCUGGAGCUGAUCAAUGAUCCGGACUGCACUCAGGAUCGAUACCAGCACUCCUACCUACGCAGCAUCCUGGUUCUGGUUCUGGUGUGUUGCAUGAUCGCACUGAUCGUUGGGCUGGCCCAGGCGCUCGUGGUAUUCCGGGUCAUUGCGACAGUGUUUCUGUCUGCGAGCAAGUGGCAGCUGAUGAGUGACCACGCCAACACCGUGGCAGUCAUGAUGGGAGCAGUGCUGCACUAUCUGACCAUCACCAUCAUGACCAAGGUCAAUAGAAAAGUGGCCUUAUUUCUGUGUGAUUUAGAAAAAACGCGGUCGAACACAGGCAGGGAGAGAAACUUCACUGUCAAGAUGUUCACCUUCCAGUUCCUCACCCUGUUCUCCUCGCUCAUCUACGUCGCCUUCUUCCUGGGGAGGAUUAAUGGGCGUCCAGGGAGCUACGUCAGAAUAGCAGGGAUGUGGAGACUGGAGGAGUGCCACCCCAGCGGCUGCAUCACAGAUCUCUUCAUCCAGAUGGCCAUCAUCAUGGUUCUCAAGCAGACUCUCAACAAUGUGGUCGAGUUCAUGUCCCCCUGGGUGAAUUACAAAAUACACAAUCUGCAGGACAAGAGUCCCAAGGGGGGCAGCGAGUCAAACUGCAUCCGGGACAGCUGGCUGCAUAACUACCACAUGAACGAAGUCGACGCCUUCAGCCUGUUCAACGAGUUCCUGGAAAUGAUGAUCCAGUACAGCUUUACCACUAUAUUCGUGGCUGCCUUCCCUCUGGCCCCUUUACUGGCUCUCAUCAACAACCUCUUUGAGAUCAGACUGGACGCCAUCAAAAUGGUCAGCCUGGAGAGAAGGAUGUUUUGCAAGAAGACCAACGACAUCGGGAUUUGGCUGCAGGUGCUGCACGCGAUUGGGGUGCUGGCAGUGAUCGCCAACGGGCUGGUGAUCGGAGUCACGUCAGAUUUCAUCCCCCGUCUGGUCUACAAGUACAUCUACGGACCCUGUGCUAAAGGAGCCACGGACAUUGACUGCAUGUCAGGGUACAUUAACAACAGCCUGUCCACCGUCUAUAUGAAGGAUCACAACAUCCAGAGGGACUUUGAGCCGGGCCAGCUCAUCUUCAACGGCAACAAUGUGACCCAGUGCAAGUACAAGGAUUACCGCAGUGAUGAUGACUAUGCCUACACGUCUCAGUUCUGGCUCAUCUUCGCUGCGCGCUUUGCCUUUGUUUUACUGUUUGAGCACGUUGCCGUUGUGAUAAAGUUCAUCGCUGCCUGGUUUGUACCCGAUGUCCCGCUGGCAGUGAAAAACGAGAAUCUGGAUCGCAAAUUUGAAAGAUUGAAGAGAGAGCUGAGGAAAAUGGAGAAUCGAACCACAGAUAUAUGAAGACUGAACUUUCAGGAGAGACAAAAAAAAAAAAAUCCUGUGCCAUUUCGCUGACAGAAAACUGUGAACUUGAUCAUUUUAUCUUUUUUUAAAAAUAUGUUUUUUAAUGGUUUACAUAUUCUUCAAACUGUAACGCAUGGAUACAAAUUAAGUACGUAAUUGCAUUAAUCCUUCUGGAAUCCCAUUGUGCUGGGUGUUCUGGAAUCCCAUUGUGCUGGGUGUUCUGGAAUCCCAUUGUGCUGGGUGUUCUGGAAUCCCAUUGUGCUGGGUGUAAAGAAAAAAAAGAGUAAAUGUACAGUAUAUUGCAUUGUGUGAAUUGAUUUGUUGAAGUAUAGAAAUCUUUGUUUGGUCCCUUAUACAGAUAGAGGGGUUACCUGGAUCCGCAAAUCCCCUGCCAUCCACUCCAAUGUGUUCUUCAAAUGAUAGGCAUAUCAGUAUCAUUCAAUUAAUGACAAAUAAAUACCCAAGCAAACAAGAAUGGCACAAGUCAUUUUAAAUUUUGCAUUAAGUGAUUAUUGUGCUGUGGUACAAGUGACAUGAAGAUUGCAUUAAAAUAUGUUUUAUAUGUAUUAA